AAAAUAUUAAAAAGUUACAACUUACUUAGUAGAACAAACCUAGAUGAAACUUUCUCUAUUUAGUUUAUACUACUUGUACAAACCACCUCUUAAAUGUGAGUAAACUCUGGCCACUUUUAUGACAGAAAUACACAAUUAGAUAUCAGCAUUGCAUGUUUUCAUGCCUCCCACAUCUAUCUCAUAAAUAAAGUGUAAACUGUGGUUUCCUGAGUUGAAAUACCUCACCGGAGAUGCUUCAUGAGAGAGAAUGAGGUCACUGUCUCUUUAAGAAGCAUCCUGCUGGAGCGCCUGCUCUUUGACUUGAGUUCACAUCUCGGUCCGCAAACACUCGAGAGAGGAGAAAAACACAGAGAGAGUUCACAUGUGAAAGGAUACUCGUGGACUCGCUGAUUCACGCAUGGAGGGAAAAAUCGCAUGACAAUCUGCUGGAUGAAGAUUGACUUUCAUAUGGACUCACCCUUACAGCAGAUGGAGACGGCUUAACCAUCAUGGAUCCAGAGGACAAACUGAGCAGAGAAAAGCUGAUCUUCUAUCUCACAGUCCCACUUUCCUCCAUCAUCAUCUUCACCAACCUCUUCAUCAUAAUCGGCAUUGCAUGCAACCGGCAGCUCCACAACACUCCCAAUUACUUCUUCUUGAGUCUCCUGGUGGCCGAUUUAUGCACGGGCAUCACGCUUCCCUUCAUUCCCCGCAUGAGCCUGGACCGACAGCUGGAUUUCAGACACUGCCUGGUCAUGUACAUCUUUCCCAACUUUCUGUUCCUGUCAUUCCUGUUCAAUUUGGUGAUGGUGCAUUACGAGCGCUACCUCUGCAUCGUCAGCCCGCUCCAUCACAGUCAGUUCUGGGUUCAUCGAUGUUUCCCGUUGGCGCUAUUGACGGUUUGGCUUCCUCCAUUGCUUUACGCAUCACUUCCUGCUUUUGGAUGGAACAACUGGAUUGAAGCAGCAUCCAAUAAGAGUUUAGACUCGAACGAGACGUUUUGGAGAUCACAAACUUCUCAUAACGCUUCCAAAGAGGAUGAGGUCUGCUCCUACAAACAGGUUUUUCCCAAAGCCUUCAUUUAUGUGGAAGUUUGUGGACUGGUGUUGCCGGCAAUGCUGUGCAUCGUGUGCAUGACAGGACGGGUGUUAUGGAUCGCGCGCAAACAGCUGCAGGACAUCUGUAAACUCCACCGUGCCGUAGAUCGCUUACAAACAUCAGACCAAGAGCAGCAGCUGAAUCUGCGAUACGCCAAAUGUGUGGCCGCCGUGUCGCUUACGUUUUUGGUGUGUUGGGUGCCGUAUAUCAUCUACCAGCUGAUGUCAGUGACGGCUCUGCAGAGCGGCGUCAGCUUGCCCAGCUCCUCUUUAUAUAUCAUCAUGUCCUGCACGGGGAUCGGGAGCAUGGCAGUCAUCCCGUUGAUCUUGGGACUAGCCAACAAGCAGUACACGGAGCCCAUCAGAAGAGUGAUGCUGAAACUGAGGAACCGCUGGAGAGGAGGACAUAGUGAUAGAGAUAUUACAAUUUGAUGAGGGAAGAAGAAGAGAAUUGAAUGUUCUUUUGGAAAUAUGCACUACUGUUUGAAUGCUUGAGAUUAUGUUAAAGGGCACCUAUGGUAAAAAUCUACUUUUCAAGCUGUU